AUGGCGCCCCCCUCGCCCGCCCACGUGCCCAUCCCCAGGAACGGCGUCGACUACCGCGGCACCGUCGUGCUGGCGCCCAUGGUGCGGUCCGGCGAGCUGCCCUCGCGGCUGUUGGCGCUCAAGUACGGCGCCGACUUGGUAUGGGGCCCUGAGACCAUCGACCGCGCCAUCAUCGGCACCACGCGGCGCAUGAACCCACACACGUCCACGCUCGAGUGGUCGCGCCUGCCGACGUCGAAGCUCAAGAACCCGCACCUCGACCCGGAGCAGCGCGAGAGCGUGCUGUACCGCAUCCACCCGGAGCUCGAGAAGGGCCGCCUGAUCUACCAGAUGGGCACCGCCAACCCAGACCUCGCCGUCCAGGCCGCCAAGAUGGUCGCCGCCGACGUGGCCGGCAUCGACGUCAACUCGGGCUGCCCCAAGCCCUUCUCGACGGCGGGCGGCAUGGGCGCCGCGCUGCUCAAGACGCCCGACCUGCUCUGCAGCAUCCUCACCCGCCUGGUCGACGAGGUCGGCAAGCCCUACGAGAUCGGCAUCAGCGUCAAGAUCCGCAUCCUCGACUCCCCCGCCGACACCCGCGCCCUGGUCGAGCGCCUGGUCCGGACGGGCAUCACCGGCCUCACCGUGCACUGCCGCACCACACCCAUGCGGCCCAGGGAGAGGGCCAUCCGCGACCAGCUGCCCAUGGUCGGCGACAUCUGCCGCGCUGCCGGCGUGGCCUGCGUCAUGAACGGCGACGUCACCUCGCGCACCGAGGCCCUGCAGCUGAUGAGGCACUUCAACGUCGACGGCGCCAUGAUCGCCACCGAGGCCGAGAAGAACCCUUCGUGCUUCCGCCCCGACGCCGAGGGCGGCCCGCACGAGUGGAAGAGCCAGUGGAGGACGGUCGUCGCCGAGUACAUGAAGCUGGCCAUCCAGGUCGAGAACCGCUGGGGCAACACAAAGUACCUGCUCGGCCAGAUGAUCCCCGGCCGCGAGGAGGCGUACAAGGCCAUGAACCGGAGCAAGUGCUACGCCGACGUCAUCAAAGCGCUGGCGCUGGAGGACGUGGACGAUCUGCUCGAGAAAGCAAAGCUCGUGGACCAGCACCUCGGCAUCCCCAAGGAGGAGCUCAGCAAAGCCCAGAAACGCGCCCGCGUCAAGGAGACCCUGCAGCACGACGCCGCGCCCGACCAGCCUGACGCAAAGCGAGUCAAAGUCCCCGACUCGGCCGUCAUUGACGGCGGCAUGGCAUCGACGGCCGAAGUGGCCACCGCGCUGGCCGUCUAG